AUGCCCGCUAUCAUCAAUGGACAAUGGCAAUACGCUGGUUGUUUCAAGGACCUUGUCAACAACACUCGACUUCUGAAUGAAGCUUUUCUGGCUUCCGACGACAUGACAUUGGACAAGUGUGCUGCAUUCUGCAGUACGGGCGCAUACAAUGGCGGCGCUUUCAACUACUUUGGUGUCGAAUACAGCCGUGAGUGCUUCUGCGGUUGGGAUGUCAAAGCAGCACAAACGAGCACCUCGGAGUCGGAAUGUUCCUCAUCAUGCGCAGGCUCGCCCAUCGGUUUGUGCGGAGCCGGAAAUAGGCUUUCAGUCUACAACAACACCGUUCCCAACCAAGUCCCAAAUGCUCCUCAACAUGUCCCGAGAGCAAACGACUACAAGUUCCUAGGCUGCCAGACCGAGGGCGCCAACGGCCGCGCCUUGACUGGCAAGUUCACCGCCGCAGACACAAUGACCGUCGAAACCUGCGCCUCUUUCUGUGCUGUGGAUGGAUGGCAAUUCAUGGGUGUUGAGUAUGCUCGUGAAUGUUUCUGUGGCAACUCAACCAAUGCUGGGUCAGUGCCCGCUCCGCUUGACGAUUGCAACAUGAUCUGCGCGGGAAGCAGGGUACAAUACUGUGGUUCGAGUAACCGUCUCGAUCUUUAUCAACUCUCCCCGCUUGCCCCUAGCGCGUCUUCGAGCACUGUGCUCCCCGCAAGCUCAACAGCUUCGGGUUCCUCCUCCAUUGCCAGCUCAUCAAGCAUGGCGUCGGAUCCUGUUGUCUCGUCUACCGCGUCAUCGACUGGCGAAGUUUCAGCUCUCACUUCAUCCAGCUCAUCAGCCAGCCUCGCUUCAUCCAGCUCUACGACGGCAGGACCCACGGCUACCGCCACCAACGGCUAUUACUACAUCGGCUGCUUCCAAGACACCAACUCGGGCCAUGCGCUGCCCGGCUUGUUCGCCAACAACAGCGUCACCCCCGAGCUCUGCAUUGACUACGCCAACUCAAAGUUUAGCAACUCGCCGACCUCGACAACAAAGAUGCCAUACGUCUUCCUCGAGUACCACCACGAGUGCUACGGCGGCGCCACCUUGGAUUUCAAGGGCGCCGCGGUCACCUCCCUGGUUGGAAAACAGGCUUGCAAGGACUACUGUUACGGCAGCGUCAGCACAUUUACAACGGACGGCAAGGUCACAACCACCACUGGCACGGCCAACUAUUGCGGCGGGGCGAAGAUGUUCGACCUGUACGCGAUAUCAACACCGGUCGCCUUCCCGACAACGGGUGGUCCUCUGGUCACUAGGACAGUGAACUGA